GAUGGUUUGUUUGGUUGCUAUGGGUUACCACAGUUCUCUCCCAGACACAUACAGCAACUUCAGCACAAUCAUUCGUUUAAUGAGUUAAUCUGUAGUGCGAUUUCGACCUGAAUGAAAAAGGCUGGCUGACGGAUGUGUGUGUGAAGGCUGUUGACUGUGCAGUGUGUGAAACCGGACUGAAAUGGCUCCUAAACGCGCUAAGAGUGAGGGCAGCGGAAGUGCAGGUGCAGUGGGGAAGCAGGGGGAAGCGGCUCUGAGCUCAGCUGUGCUGCAGGAGGAGUGUUGGGGUGUGUGUGUGUCUCUGGUGGUGUGUGACAGUGUGUAUGAUGAGGUGUGUAUGAGAGCUCUGUGUCACGCCGUACAGCAGCCCCUCCGUCGCCUCUUCACACUCCUGUCCUGGGAGAACCUGCUGCAGAAGGUUAAUGAUCUCGGGAACCCAAAGACGAGGAAGAUCAAAGAGCUUCCUGCAUUUUAUGAGGUGACAGAGGUGGCGAGGUCAGUGUUGGACUCAGGAGACGAGCUUUCUGUUGACUUGGUGGCAAAAUUAGUGAAGUUUCAACUGCUGGACAUCAAGAACACUGACAUGCAGAGAAGAGCUGCAGUACAGAGAGCAGCAGGUUUACUGUCUCCAAGUGCUAAAGACUCAGCUAAAGGAGAAAAAGGUAAAAAAGCAGCAGAAGCUCCGCCUCCCUGUAAAGACACCAAACUGAUACGCAGAGGAGACGAAAACACCAGCAGCUACAUCGACGAUGAACCAGACGACGGCCCACAACACUACGUCCUCAUGACGGGUUUCCAUCAGCCGAGUCUGAUCUCUGCAUUAGACUCUGUCGGUGUUCACAUCUCCAACGUAAUCAGACUGAAAUCAGACAGAAGUCAGAACUCACACGUGGAUCAGGAGGAGGAAAGAACCGACACGUCUGAGGAACACGAAUUCUCAGCUGGUGCGUCGGCUCUUCAGCAGGAGCUCAGCGUGUUCUGGGAUCAGCUGGACGGAGUUCUGAACAGCGCCGGCUUCCAGUCCCCACUUUCUGACGUCGCUCGACUGGACUACAGAGUGGAUCAGAACCUGCUGAGCCGAGAUUUAACCAAAGCUGAGGAAAUGCAUGAAGUGGGCGUGGCCAUAUUUGAGGGCGUGGCCUGUUUGCUGUAUGACAGUUUGGAUUGGAGGAGGCAGCAUGAGCACUACCUGAGCAGAAUGAGACUGAUCCACAUCCCGAACAUCUCCACACCUGUACACAACAUCCGACCUGAUACACCUGCUGAGGUGCUACCGGUGAGGAAGAAAGCGGAGGAAAGUUCAGAGUCAGAGUGUGUGGAUGUGGAUAUGAGGCUGUACUCUGAUCUUCUGGACAGAAUUCCCCUGCAGUGUGUCUCUGUUCCUCUCGUCCUGCACUGCCUGAUCCAGCAGGUGGUUUCAUCAGAACAGGAAGUGUGCGGUGGAUCAGCGGCGUCAGACGCGACUUCAGACCCGGAGUGUGAUUUACUCUCCUACAUGAUGUGGUGCGUGAGCGGUCUACCACGGAGCGCGCAGGAGAACAGCGAGCUGAUGGAGUAUUUUGGACUUAAGGAGGAAGAUCAAAGGGAAAGUAAAGAGAGAAGCCCCACCCUGCUGCAUCAUCACGAUGAGAGAUCAAAGAGACUCCACCACAUACCUGUGUCAGGCAGUUUGGAUGCAGUGAGUGUAGAGGUGUGUAUGAUGAAGAAGAGCUCUGUGUGGAACACUCUGAUGUGUAAACACCUCGACACCAGCAGCCUCAAUACAGCCAGGAGACAUGAACUACUGCACUACUGUUCCACCGACUCUCUGAGCUCUGCUGAUGUUCAGAGGCUCCUCAGGCUGUGUGUGUUUGAGAGCAUGCCCCUGACUGCAGUCGAUGAGAGCGGAGGACACACACUCGCCGCGUCACACACUGCGUUACCGUGGGACGACCCCGUGACCUUCACACACACCGCCUACUGCAGCCGCGACUCCACCCACGAAAGUAGAGCUGGGUGUGACGAGCAGCAGGAGAAUAAAGUCAGUGUAGAAGAUUUACGGAAGACGCUGAUUCGACACUUCAGACACUGGAACUUCACCGAACAUCACACUGCUGAAGUCUUUCCUCAGGUUCUGCAGACAGUGUGUGAGUCGUACAGAUGUGUGGAUUCGUUUCACAGCACUCAGUCCAACGUCAUGUACGUCAUCUGCCACAAUCCCAUGAGUCCUGAGAGGAGCAGCAGAGGAUCAUGGGAAGUCUCUCUUCACACCGAUGUUGGAUUCAGGAGUUUCCUGGAGAACGUAGCAGAAUCCAUCAGAGACUGGAGCAGAGCGGAGGAGGAGCGACUGCAGCAACAACAACAACAACAACAACAACAACAACAACAACAACAACAACAGGAGACAAAGACGCUGGAUACAACGACGAAAGGAGUGCUGGAGAAGUCGGAGGUGUUUAUACGACACGACUCUCUGAAAGCGUGGAAGCUGGAGCAGGACAGACAGAAGGAUGAGGAAGGGACGAAGAAGAUGAAGAAGGAGAACGGAGAGAAGAGUUCGGCUAAAGGAGGAGAGAGAACAGCGUCGACCCGAGAGAGCAGGAAGAGCCGAGAGGACGAGUGUCACACACCUCACACUUCCACAGAGCAGAGGAGCGACAGCAGUGACGCACACACACACACCGAGACCCAACCUGCGUUUACAGGUUACAGGAUGGACGGCAGGCUGGUGCAGGUGAGAGGAGAGAGUCAGUGUGUUUAUCCAUCAGACGGAGGACAGAUCAGUGUGGAGAGAGUCCACUACGUACAAGGCUCGACACAGCUGAAAGUUUGUGUGAGAAAAGAUGGCCACUGCUUCUACACACACAUCACAGAACCGGAGAGACAGAACACACACGAUCAGCGGCAGAAAUUCGGCUGUUUUUACGCUGUACUGAGUAACGGACUCACACUCGCCUACAGUCACACACAUCAGGAAGUUGAUGAAGCUUUUCCACGUCAGCUCCACGUUUCUCUUCCCACUGGCCUUCAGAUCCACUUCAGCUUCCAUCACACAGCAUACGGUCAGGCUGUGUUGGUCCGUCAGUCACUCCCCUCCUCAGGAUCCAAACUCCCCACCACACACACCGAGUCAUCACGCACCAUCACCUGCGACGGAGCUGUGAUCAAACACAUGAGGGACGGAUCUAGUGCGGUGCUGUUUGCUGAUGGAGCAGUGAGUGUGAGUCCUGACUCUGGACCGGUGUGUGUGACCAUCCCCACCAGUGCAGGGCAGGACAAGGACACGUCCACACACACACAGAGUAGAGACGCAAAGGUUAAACCUAGCUCAGGAGUAGAGAGGGCGGAGUCAACAGCAAGGGCGGAGCUUAAAGAGCAGGUGGAGAUGACAGGCGGUUCUUGGUGCACCACCACUCCAUCAGGAGUUAGGAUCAGGACCAUCAGAGGUAAACGGGUGGAGGAGAAACCUGUCCUGACCUUCUACAGCACUGACCCACAAACACACAGUGUGGUGAUGACGAGGGAUGAUGGCGUGUUGUGUGUGUUGGAGAAACACAGAGCUGCAGUGGAUCAUGCUGACGGAACCAGAAUUACCUCCUUCUACCAGCAGAGGGAGACACAGAGCCAGCAGAGCUCAGGCAGCAGUAGUGAUGGAGGGAGAGUGAGCAUGGUGAAGGUGGAGAAGAGUGGAUUCGCUACAGUGAUGAUGAAGUGUGAGGAGAAAAGCAGUGAGGUUCUCUUCAGAGACGGCACCACCAUCAGCGCUACCGCACACGGAUCCUACAGGGUGUGUCUCAGUGAUGGAGGCUGUCUGUCUCUCCGUGAGGAUGGUGUGGCUGUGUAUAGCAGUACAGGACCUGAAGGAGACCAGCGUGGACGUUACAUCAUGAGUCACUCUGAGGGUUUAAUGUGUGAGCUCACUGACCCAGAGGGAAACCACUAUCAGGUCACAGCAGAGGGCGGAGUCUCCAUCACACACACUGACACGGAGAGCGAGACACAACACAACACCGACGUUGAUACACACACACCUCGGUUGUUUGUGGUGUGUGCUGACGGUUCUGCGCUGGAGUUCCUCUCCCCUCAGACUGUAGAUGAGAUUCUGCAGAAGGAGAAAACAGAUCCAUCAGUCGCUGUGAUGAGAGAACCCAUACCACACACACACGAUGCGUUUGCGAUCACAAUCCUGAAACCGUUCUCUGACCCGAGCUCCUAUUGGCUCUCACCCAAACAUCUGGAUGACAUCAUUCCUGCCAACCUCCAAUCCAGGAAGUGGGACACGUUCCCCGCCUCUGAGGUGAAAACCCACGGUUCUCCAUUCGGAGCAUCUCUGGGUCGAGGGUUAGAGCUGAAGAAGAGAACCACGCUGGGUUCUGAUCCGACUCCUCCGGUUCUGCAGAACCCCAACACACUACUGAUCCGCCGCAUCACUGAACACACACCGUUCACACAGCAACACUACGAACACCUGCAGCACAAACUGCUGUUGUACAUAAAUCAGCUCCUGCAGAGAGAGAAGCUGAAAGAUGAGAUGAAGCUGAAGGAUCCUCAAACAGCAGAGGAGGAACUUCAUCACUCUGAUCUCCAUCUUCUACAGUCUCACUCAGACUCAACACCUCAGUCCGUGCUCUCUCUGUACUCUCAGGCUGUAGGUGUGUCUCGCUCUCCGCUGUCUAAUCAACACAGUGAUCAACAAGCAACACACCGUACACAGAAACAGAAAUCUGAGUGGGGAAACAGAAUCCGCCAACACAGGUCGGAUCUGCAGGAGGAGACGAGGCAUCGCUACGCUCUGAGAAAUCACAUCAUCACGCCGUAUUUCCAUCCCGAGCUUCAGGAGAUGACUCGCUCCGUCCGCCAGGCGAGCGUUCCUACCGCAAACACCACCGUAUAACAGUCCUACAUCAAUAAACGAACAAAAUCAGCAUUUAUUUCAUCAUCUACUCAGUAUGGUUUAUUUUUAUAAAAUGUUUACAUUUUCCCAAAACAGUUUUCAUGCUAUUUAAUGCAGAGUUUUUUUUUAAAGUCUCCAUUACAGUUUCUAAUGAACAGAAAACACACUGGUGUAAAAUGUAGUAAAGGAGCUGAAGGUGACGUCUCUUUCUCAGAAUCUUCCCUCGUUCCCUAAAAGAAGAAACGCCGGAUUACAGAACUUCAACAUUUCUUAUUAGCGCUAACGCUUUUAUACGAUUUUAUCCAUAAAACAACAUUCAGUGCAGAUGAUUAUUAAACAUACAGAACCUUUUAUUUCUUAUUUUUUUACUUAAGAGUUCUGGGCUUUUAAUUCUGUAGCAAGUUUAUAAAAUAUCCUGACACACGGGUGACUUUUUAAAAGUUCUGAACAUUUCCCAGAAGGUUCUGAUUAUUUUAAAGUAGUUUAAGUGAAUAAUAAAAUUAUUAGCUAAAUAUUUUAUAUGUAAAAGCCAUUAGUCAGCUAGCUAACUUUCACCUGGCGCUAACUCCAUAAACAUUUUUUUCAAAUUUUCAUUCAUCAUAAAUACUGAAAUAUCCAAAAGAAAAAAAAAAGAGUUGUUGUAUAGCAGCCAUUUUUCCACAGGUGAAAGGUCACAUGAUGAGAUGCUGGUUUCUGAUUGGUUAAACACAAUAAAUGGACCACUAGAGGGUGCAGCUGAGCUCGAGUUCCUUUUUUCUUUGUAUUGAAAAAUGAAUAUCGUACGUAUUGGUUUAGUUUUUCACUCUGCAUGUGUAAGUGAUAAAAUAUUGUUUGUAUUUAUAAACUAAUAAAAUGUUGCUUACGAUUAGAAAUAAGGAAUCUCUGAUAAAGGACUUUAAAUGUCUUUUAUUAAAUAAAACUGAGUCACAGCACUCAGAUUCAACUUUAUAAUUAUAUAAACCUCAUAGUCAUGGAAUUUAUCACUUUUAAUUUCUUAAACGUGAACGUUAAACACUUCGUGUUAGCUAACACCUGCACUACAGAGAGACU